CUUUCUCAACUACCUUCUUUAUUCCCUACUUUAUUCCCCACUCUACUGUGCAGACUGUUAGUACAUUAACGUUUAAAAUGUACUAGUAUACUAAUAAUAUACAACUAAACAUGGAUCGUAAAAGGUCCAAAGUUACACCGGAGAACUACACCCGAGCAAUCGUCUCUCUCUCUAGAAGAUAUUCGAGCACCUCCGUCUUCCCUGGAAACAAUUAUGUCGAUAUCGGGGAAUGGAUGCUACAAGACCGUAGUCUUCUUGAUUCUGCAAAAAAGGAAGACAAUAAUACUCUCUUUGCUUCCGAUUCCAAACAACCUCACGAUUUGGUUAUUGUAUACAACAGUGGAGAGAAGAGAUGGGAUGUGCAACAAUAUAGCCAAGAGCAACAUGAGGCCUUCUUUGCUGCAAACACUGUUCCAGAGGCAGGUUGUGGGCAAUUAAUCUUCAUUCGUGGCUUCAUAUCACCAUCGUGGGUGUCAACAAUUGGGAGCAAAUAUAACAUUGAUCCAGAAUUCUUCAGGCGACAUAUGGAUUUCCUUUCUGCGAGUGUUGACCGACAUGCGUACAGUUUCCCAUCGCUUGCCAGUUCCUCAAAUACCAUAUUUCGACUUUGUGUGAGCACUCUUCUUCAUCGCGAUGAUUUCGGUGGACAGCAUCUCCAGUCGCAGCGGUCAGGUCAAUCCACUGAGCUUGGGACAUACAGGAUACAACAGCUUGGGUCCACUAGAGUCUGCUGCGGAGACUCGCUGGUGCGCGAGUACUCUACUCUGUGCCCGUGUUUCUCUGUGAUCGAGCAAUGGAUCUCGCUCUGCGUUACAAACACAGAUAAGGGUUGGGCUGUCAUCGCCUGGAUGGACCAAGGUAGACCCUUGGAAAAGUCUCCCCCGGGACCAUGGUCAAGCCACAUCGAAUCCAAGGCUACACCAUUACCUGUAAUACAACAUCAUCACAAGAUGGCAUUCCGAACAACGAUCAAUCGUCUGGAUCCAGAUGCGAAUGCUUCAGCAGAGGUUCAGCAAAGCGCGGCUAUCCUUCCCCUCCAGUACGAUUCUUUGAUUGCGCUUGUCGAUCUCGCUCGUCGCGCGCCUCAAGAUCCGCUUUCUAUGUGCCUCCCAUUGUUUGCACAUGCUGCUUUUUCCGAAGUUCAGUUUCUUAACCUUAUGGAGUCCAGGAUUCGGAUUCAGAUCGAUGCCAUAGCCGAAGGAGUUUCAGGUGACGCAUUGGGAACUUUUCAAUACUUUUCCAAUAUUCUCAACAGGCAUGCCCAGCAGCUAAAAGAUAGCACUCGUGCAUUCUACAAGUUGGCUGAGCGAAGCAGUCAAGGAUCGAAUGGUUUCAGAGCGGAAAGCCCAGUGCCUAGAAGCGCAGUGGCGCAAGGUCUUGGCAUGCGCAGGCAGGCGUCAGAGACAGAGUCGGCUAGAAGCAUUGGAUCAAGUACUUCCGACAGUGCCUUCACAGUAAAAGGCCUCUGGGAAGACUAUGAGCAACUUCAUGUUCGUUGCGUCGACUUGUCAAAACUGUGCACCCAGGGCAUCAAUCUGGCGAUGAACAAAGCUGCAAUCGAGGAAUCCCGAAAAGCGAUUGAGCAAUCAGAGCGAUUGAAGAAAUUGACCCUGCUUGCGACACUCUUCAUUCCUCUUACCUUCAGCGCCAGCCUGUUUGGCAUGAAUAUCGAUAUCCUUGGGCAGAACGGGGUGCAAUUUUGGUGGUUUUUUGUUUUGUGUAUCCCAAUAACUCUGUCUGUCUACAUUCUUUAUCUGUGGGACUUUGAGGUUCUGAGGCGUUCUUGGGUGAGACUCUGGGAAAGGUGUCGCUGUAUGAGGCGAGACAGAACGGUUGGGAAAAGCGAUAAGGACCCGAGUCACAUUGUUUGAUUUUGGUUUUCCGCUGCAGCGUCUCGUCGGUCCUAAUUCCAACAACUGUACUACGUAUGAGUAUUAUUGCUCUUUUGUAAUAGGGAGGAGGACAGGUGACGCCUCUUUAAGUGAAGCCUUGGCCAAGAUGCAGUCAUCCAUGUAACACAAACCCCUCAUCUGUUGACUGUGCCCCGCAAGAUAA